UCGGGCUGCCGGCGCGGCGUUGGUGCGUCUGUCCGCAGCGAGUGACGGAGUGACGCAGUGUUCCCGGUAUUGGCGAGGCCUCCGCACGUCUUCGUUCGCGACCGCGCGGGCCGUGCGCUCAACUUGGUGGACUUGAAGGCAGCGAGCCACCUCCUGGACGUCGUCAUGCUGCCCCUGGUGCUGCUGCUGGUGGCCUGUUUGCUGCCGCCACCGCGGGGCGGCGCCGCCCCCUCCGCCCCCACCGCCCCCGCGCAGCAGCUCGCCGUCCUGGCCACCACCCCCCAGCCGCCAGAGGCGGUCUCCAAGAGCUCUGCGCAAGGCUCGGCGGGCCUGUUCCGCCUCAGCGUCGACAACCACUACACCAUGACGCGCAAGCGGCCGCGCGCCAAGCAGCACGAGCUGAGCCCCGCCGCGCUGCGCGCCGACCCGGCCCUGGGCGGCGACGUCGACACUGUCACGGCGAAGAUCGGCGAGAGGAUCAUCCGGGUGCCGCACCGCCGCGUGGCCACCGGCUGCCGCAUCUACCAGCGCAUGGACCGCCUGGGCCAGUGCCGUAACCGCUGGUGACAGUGCCACCGGCGGCUGGCGACCAUCAACUGUCAUUCGACGUGCUCAGUCGUCACUGAGUUUCAAACAACGCGCAAAGAAACUCGCUUUUCGAUGUGUAAAAAGAGAGACGAGAUCAUCUUCAGAGAAUCUCUGGACUCCACUCGGCUGGUCAUCGCCGCACUGCUGACUUUUUUUGCAUUCCAGCGUGGCCGCUGAACGUAAAAUAUUUAUUUAUUUUUCUAUGUUGUGCGUUUGAUUUUAAUGUUUUUUUUUUGCACGGUAGAGCCUGCUUUUAUCCCUUAUUGUUUACUCCAGUAUUUCUGGAAACCUAUUGUUACCAUAGCGUAAGAUAGAUGUAAGAAGCAGCUUCUGAACAGCAAUAAAUACAAAUUAUUUAUA